AUGGACUCCAUCAAUAUGGAUGAUCAUGAAGAUGAAGCUGAUCAUCAAGAGCAAGAUCACGUGGUGUCAGGAGAGAGAUUGAGAUUGUACGAAUGCAUAUUCUGCAAGCGCGGGUUCACCACAGCACAGGCUUUGGGUGGACACAUGAACAUCCACAGGAAAGACAGAGCUGCUAAGGGUAGCCCUAAUAAUGAUCUGAGUAAUAACAGUAUCUCAAGUAAGCUACAUCGAGACCCUAGUUGCUAUGUAGUCCCUAGAUUCUAUCAGCCGGUUUUCUCAACUCCUAGUGAUCGAGAGGGACUGCAGAUUCCAUAUUUUUCAUCCACAUCAAGUACUCACGUGCGACCUAUAAAUCACGGAAACAAUCAUCAAGAUGUUCAUGGAGUGAUCACAGGUCCAUCAAGCUUACGCCUACAGUUUGGCUACAGGUCACAUGAUCAAAAUCCAAAAAGGACCAUCAAUGGAGGUGGAAAUGAAGAAGACGAACUGGAUUUGGAGCUUCGGCUUGGCCACGAUCCAUGA